AUGCCGACACAGGAGGACAAUGAUUUGUACAUCAGUGAUAUCCUUGAUAAUUUCAUCGAUGAAGCCUAUGAAGGAAUCCUGAGGGGUGAUGAUGGGAUCAAUACCCCUGUAUGUCCAUGUAUUCUCCAGACAACAGACUUGAGAUCAAUUUCCCAUGGCUCUCGAAAGCCUAUGCCUGAAUUUGUAUCUCCAUUUCUGAACAAGACGGAUGAGGAAAUACGUGACUGGAUGCUAAAGCACCCUUAUCCAGGUUUUGCCGAAGGCACAUUCACUGUUCUAGAUCAGCAAACGAUCGAUAGCGGGUUAUCUCGUAUUGGCUAUUGCGGUGAAAAAAGUCCGGACCCUCGAAUGUUGAUCUCAGACCCUUAUGCAGAUUUAAUUGUAAGGGCAAGUGUCGAAAUGUGUGAAAGCGACUGGGAAGAGGAAGUAGCCGAGGCGGACGGGGUGCGGACACGCAAGGAGAUUGAGCAGGGCUUCUAG